AUAUUUGUUACAAAGCCUGCUUGCAUUUUCAUCUGUUUUGGAUCCAAGAGCGACGCGAUCGAAUGCCAGCUCUUACGCAACAGAUUUAUAUAUGCCAUGGCUUGGUGACGAUCUCAGCUCUCAAUGCAACUCGUGGGCUGCACAUCAUGACGCAAGUAGUGUUAUGCCGGCCUUGACACCUUGCUCGCCAGUAAACUUUACUGGCUUCCUUUCACCUGUCUCUUUACUGGUUUGCUCGCGGUCAAAUCGAUAGAGCGAGGUCACUUGCAGAUUCCGCUUUCCAAUCGUCUCUUCAUUUGAUGUCUCAAGGGCAAGCCAACGCCAUCGAACUUUCACCGCAAUCCGCCUUCAGUAUUUUUGGGGUCUACUGGUCUCUUCGCUGUUUUGUACAGGAACCCCGAUCUGCUGACUCUUGUCUUGUUAUCGACCUCCCUGACAAACUUCUAUUUACACCCAUUAGAGGAAUUUUACAAUCUAUCCAACUGGGUCGAAAUAUGUGUGAUGAUGGUGGAUACAAGGAGUUAUGGCCUAAUUAUAGAUUCUUGGCUCUGUCGGGAUGCUGGUUCCGCGUGCGCGAGUUCGUCCAUGCUCUGCACGCGGUUGAAGAUCCUUUGUCCAUGUUACCGUCGUUGGCAAAAUUGGAUCUCCACACGAAUGCUUGUUUUAGCUUAUUUAAUUCUGAGUCGGCCGUCGGUCCAUGUCCUGACCCUAUGUCGCUGCACCGGUCACUUGUCUCGGAAAUUCUUCACCACCAGUGUCGAGCCGUCCCACAUUUAUACAUUUACAUUUCCAACCUGCGGAAACAUGCCCAUCACCACGAGUUCCUACAAUUGAGUGCUCUUAUCGCCAUCCGCCAUAUAUUUUCACUUACCAAGGUGGUGAAUAAUCUACUUGUAACAUUCCGGACCUCGCAACUUAGCUCGAUUCCACCAUUUGUCGGGUUUUCAACUUAUCUGGCUGCGUCACUACAACUCGGAGCCCUCGUGCAUUUACAUUCAUUGCCUGGCUGCAGGGCUCGCUUGUUGGCUGCCCUUAGGUCGUAUGCCUUGAUCAAUCUUUUUACUCUAAAUCGAUUACGAUUUUUAUGGGCCCCAGCACAGAUCAUGUGGCAGAAGCUUUCGAGACUUCUUUCCCGUGCUCUCAUUUCAAUCACGCACAUAGAAGGCGUUGAGCUUCAUGCCAUGUCGAUUCCGACCACAGACGAAAUAACUACCAUUGAGUUGCAAAACUUUGUCUCUGGUCAGUUCUCAUCUAUCUUGUCAAUUAUUGAUAUCACGGAGCCUUUCUACAUCCCCUUUGAAGCGGUUGAUACACAGGUCACCUCUCGCUGUUUCUCAAGGUCAAACCCUUGUGUUCCAGAGGCUGUGUCUGAGCCACAAGAUCGUCCUAUGCAUGGCCGUGUGGUGUCGGAAAUCAACGAUCCAUAUCAGGAUCAUCUCGAUCAACUAUGGGUCAAUUUCUGUUAAUCCGUUUAUCUUGGUUGCCUCAGUUGAUGACUAUGCAUACCGUUUGUCUAAUGCUCUACUGAACAAACCUCGAUUCAUUGAAAUGACGAAACAUAAUGAUAUCACCAAG